CCGCGACCAUCACCUCUCUUCCAGCCUCCUCCCCGCGUCCUCCUCGAGACUUUUGCACCAUCCUAGUCUGCGUCGGCCGCGUUGAGCCCGCCUUACUCUGCGAUGUCGGCGACCCCGAGUGCUCCGAAGCGCAUCAGGAUCACAGUCGUUGCCGCCGAUGGCUUGUCCAAGCGCGAGGUCUUCCGUCUCCCUGACCCAUUCGCUGUUAUCACCGUCGAUGCAGAGCAGACCCACACCACGAGCGUCAUGAAGAAGACGCUUAACCCGUACUGGAACGAGAGCUUCGACAUUACUGUCAAGGAUAACUCUGUCAUCGCAGUCCAGAUCUUUGACCAGCGCAAGUUCAAGAAGCGGGAUCAGGGUUUCCUUGGAGUGGUGAACGUCAAAGUUAGCGAUGUCAUUGACUUGGAGCUCGGUGGCCAUGAGAUGCUCACCCUGGAUCUGAAAAAGUCCAACGACAACCUGGUCGUGCACGGGAAGCUCAUCCUCUACCUCUCCACCAACGUCAGCCAGCCCAUCAACAACCCAGGCCCUUCCCAAUCCAACACACUCGCCGAAGGUCUUGGGAAUCUCUCCAUCGCGGGCCCGUCUGCCAGCGCCAGUAGCACCAAUCUUGCCGCCGGUAGCACGCUUUCUCGCAGUUCGAGCGCCGCUGCGCACGUAACAGGUCAGGACGCUCACGCCACUAUGCCCACCCCCCAAGUCUCCCCCACCGCUCCUCCCUCUGAGCAGUCUCAGCCGACGACCCCUGCCCCUGCCCGUCCGCUGAGCACGACUAGCACGACGCCCUCUACCACGGUGUCUGCACAGCCCCCGGCGACCACCAAUGCCAGUGCUACCGCGCAAACCGCUUCCAACAACAAUGCCCAGACGCGCAACUUCAACCCUCACGAAGACCAGUAUGGGCCUCUGCCAACUGGCUGGGAACGUCGUAUCGACCCGCUGGGCCGGACUUACUACGUCGACCACAACACCCGUUCAACGACCUGGCACCGCCCUUCGGCCAGCCAGAGCGUCAACACGCAUGCCCAGGAUGGCGAGACAAAUGCUGCCCGCAACCAGCACAAUCGUCGUAUCCUCGCUGACGACAUGUUGGAGGCAAACAACGGUGUAGCACGGACGGGGUCUGUGACUGGCCAGGAGCAGCAAGGCCCCCCACCAGCCAUUGGAGCACCGAGUGCGGGAGGACCUGGUCCUCUGCCUGCUGGCUGGGAGGAGCGUCACACUCUCCAAGGCCGACCCUACUAUGUUGACCACAACACUCGUACCACGACCUGGGUUGACCCUCGUCGGCAGACCGUUAUUCGGGUCAUGGGCCCCAACGGUCAGAACGCCGCAUUGCAGCCCCAGACGAUCUCGCAGCUCGGGCCCCUUCCUUCAGGAUGGGAGAUGCGUCUCACUUCCACUGCCCGUGUCUACUUCGUGGACCACAACACGAAGACGACGACUUGGGACGACCCGAGGUUGCCGUCGACGCUCGAUGCCAGCGUGCCGCAGUACAAGCGUGACUUCCGCCGGAAGCUCAUUUACUUCCGCAGCCAGCCCGCAAUGCGCAACCAACCAGGCAACUGUCAGAUCAAGGUUCGGCGUAACCAUAUCUUCGAGGACAGCUACGCCGAGAUCAUGCGCCAGACGCCCAACGAUCUCAAGAAGCGGCUCAUGAUUAAGUUCGAGGGUGAGGACGGUCUCGACUAUGGAGGUCUUUCUAGGGAGUUCUUCUUCCUACUCUCGCACGAGAUGUUCAACCCGUUCUACUGUCUGUUCGAGUACUCGGCACACGACAACUACACGCUCCAGAUUAACCCUGCGUCUGGUGUCAACCCCGAGCACUUGAACUACUUCAAGUUCAUCGGUCGUUGCUUGGGUCUCGGUAUCUUCCACCGUCGCUUCCUUGACGCGUACUUCGUCACCGCCUUCUACAAGAUGAUCCUACGGAAGAAGGUGACGCUCGCCGAUCUUGAAAGCGUCGAUGCUGAGCUGCACCGUGGUCUCACUUGGAUGCUUGAGAACGACAUCACCGACGUCAUCGACGAGACAUUCACGACCGUCGAGGAGCGCUUCGGUGAGAUGGUCACCGUCGAGCUCAAACCCGGUGGUGGCGAUGUCCCCGUUACAGAGGACAACAAGAAGGACUACGUGCUCGCGGUCGUGGAGUACCGUAUCUCGAAGCGUGUCAAGGAGCAGUUUGACGCGUUCAUGUCGGGCUUCAGCGAGCUGAUUCCCCAGGACCUCAUCAACGUCUUCGACGAGCGCGAGCUCGAGCUGCUCAUUGGCGGUAUGUCCGAGAUUGAUGUCGACGACUGGAUGAAGUACACCGACUACCGUGGAUACGAGGUCAACGACGAGGUCGUGCAGUGGUUCUGGAAGUGCGUGCGGAGCUGGCCCCCCGAGCGCAAGUCGCGAUUGCUACAGUUUGCGACGGGCACGUCGCGUAUCCCCGUCAACGGCUUCAAGGAUCUACAGGGGUCCGAUGGCCCGAGGCGGUUCACGAUUGAGAAGUCGGGCGACCCGAACCAGCUGCCGAAGAGCCACACGUGCUUCAACCGCAUCGACCUCCCGCCGUACAAGGACUACGAGACGCUGGAGCAGAAGCUUACGUGGGCUGUAGAGGAAACCGUCGGCUUCGGCCAGGAGUAAAGGCUUCCUACGCCUGUGGUUUGGUUUCUCUCCAUGGCCGCUAUCCUCAUCUCACGAUCCGACAUGGGCUACCUCUCUCGCGAUCUGUUCCAUCGACUCCUCUUGACCUUUGCCUCGAAUCAUCACCUCCCAUCUCGUUCUACUUGUUGUUUAUCACAUGCAUAUCCAUAUGACCUGAUUUUCGCUGUACCUUGUUCCUGUUCUUCCUGCGCGCUUGUGUCGUUACACUCCCGGCCUGCGUUCGACACCCAUCUAAUGUCGUUCGUGGUAUAAUGGACCGUUUUCUCCCGCCUUGCCUUUCUUCUACAUGUUCCCGUUCCAUCGCGUGCCCGGAUGGCCUGAUGUCGAUGAUGAUGUAAGUACGUACACGGAGAUAUGAUAUGCUAGAU